AGAAUCAGAAUCAGAAAAAGAAACACAUUCUAGAACGUUGGUGCUCUACUAAGAAACGGAUGGAGUGCGCAGAGAGGUAGCCAGAUUUGCUAAAAAAAUUAAUAAAAAAUAGGGAGUAAAUAAUUACUCCGUAAUAAAGAGCAAAAUUCUUGAAACCAGAAUUGGGGUGGAAAUCUGGGCAUAGAAGCCCCCGGUCGGCCGUAGUGGUGAGAGUGGUCCCCACUGCCCGAUCGGGAAGUUCAUCUCUUUAAGCCCAACACAGGUCUACUCAAUUUCCCGAACAUGGGUUUCAAAAUUAUAUAAUACUUGCUCUCACUUUUUGAGUAGAGUUUUGUCUGUGAGCAGGGCUUUCUCCGGCAGAUCCCUUUUCUGGUAAGUUUUUUUAGCCUUAGUGUUUUUAUUGCUUUCUGGGCAUUUGUUGUUGUGGAUACUGAUUAGGAGAUUUUUUUGAAUUUCCAGUUGAUUUGAUUCUAGGGAGAGGAAAUGAGGGAAAUGAUUCAUUGUUGGAAGGUUGUCUUCAACUUGGUGCUUUUGCUAAGUGUUUUUACAACACCAAAGGCAUCUUAUACAGAAGAUUCUUUUGAGCAGUGUGAACACACAGUCAAAAACUGGGCAUCUUCUUCCCUUGAAUCAGAAGUCAACAAAGAAAAUCAUCUGUUGAGGGACUUGCUAUUUUUCCUUCACGUACCCAGGACAGGAGGAAGGACUUAUUUUAACUGUUUCCUCAAAAAGCUAUAUGCUAACUCUUUGGAGUGUCCACGCUCCUAUGAUAAGUUAAGGUUUGAUCCCAGAAAGACAAACUGCCGAUUGUUGGCUACUCAUGAUGACUACAGCGUGAUGUCUAAACUUCCUAAGGAUAGAACUUCUGUGGUGACAAUUAUUAGGAACCCAAUUGACCGUAUCUUCAGUGCUUAUGAAUUUUCAGUGGAGGUAGCAGCCAGGUUCUUGGUGCAUCCUAACUUAACAUCUGCCACCAGAAUGUCAGGAAGGGUUCGUUCAAGUAGAAAGGGAGUAAGCACCCUAGAUAUCUGGCCAUGGAAGUAUUUGGUUCCAUGGAUAAGAGAAGACCUAUUUGCUCGAAGAGAAGCUAGAGCACGUAGAGGUGAAAAAGUUAUGUAUGGAAAUGAUCCAUACGAUAUGGAAGAUAUAGUGAUACCAUUACACAAGUUUAUUAAUGACCCUAUAGCUCAGGAUAUCGUUCAGAAUGGGGCCACAUUUCAGGUUGCAGGACUCACAAACAACUCUUAUAUGGCAGUGUCUCAUCAUGUGCGCCAUUGUGUACUCAAGUAUCAUACUCUUGGUCAGUAUGCACUCGAAGUUGCGAAGAAGAGGUUGGAUGGAAUGUUGUAUGUUGGGAUCACUGAGAACCACAAAGAGUCUGCCUCCAUGUUUGCAAAUGUGGUUGGUACUCAGGUGAUUUCCCAGUUAACUCCCUCAAGGUUAGGCAAAAGCACUUCCGAAUCUACUAACAACAAUUCAGAACAAAUAAAUCUAUCUGAAGAUUCUGGUCCGGAUGCAGAGAUGACUGCAGAAAAGCUCAUCAAUGCGUAUGAGGCCUGUGUGAAGAGCUUACGCUCAUCUCAGUCAGAAAGAAGAACAAAGUCACUGAUGAAAAUAUAUCCUGCAAAUUUCACAAAAGAGGCUCGCCGUCGUAUUCCUGCACAACUCAUCCAAGAGAUAAGUUCACUCAACAACCUUGAUAUGGAACUCUAUGAAUACGCACAAGUGAUCUUUGAAAGGCAAAACAUACCCGGAGUGCAGAGAGCAUCUUGGAGAUUACUUCAUUUUGCAGUAUUCCCAUUUGUGUUUCUGUCUCUUAGUUUUCAUCUUUGUAAACGCAAAACGAAAAAACUUAAAGGUUAAAGACAAGACAUAGAAAAAAAAAGGAAACAUAUACAUAUACGGAGUACUAUAGAAGAAGAAUUAGUUCAGAAUACAGACAUUAUUGAAGAACUUCUGUCCGUAAACCUGCCAUGGCAAUAGAAGUAACUUGUUAAGUAUCUUGUUUUGGGAAAAUUUUGAAAUAGGAGUAAUAAUGUUUUGGAAUUUCAAAAUAGAAGUACUAUGUUUUUACUUGCUAAAUUCAGAGUAAUUACUUUCAUAGUUUCAUGUUUGGAAAAUAUUAUUAUGUUAAAAGUCUGUAUAUGUCAAAAUAUGACAGUAAUUACUCUGAAGAAAAACAUAGUCAUCGUGUUUUGGAAUUUAUAAAUAUUUUUGUUGCUAUGUAGGGCCAUUUCUUUUUAAAUCUUUAUAUUUUUACCCUGGGGUUGAAUCUCGCAAAUUUGCAGUACCAUUGUCCGUAUGGAACUUUGUAAUUAUUAUAUUAUUAUUAAACAAAAAUAAUAAUAAUAGAAACAAAGAUGCGUGAACGUGUACAAACUAUUUUCCCGUACUCUUAUUGUAAUUUCUUGUUUGAUAUGAAUUAUAUGCCCCAUGGGACCGAAUAUUUUGGUGUAAUUGGGUGUAAUGUGCGCGACUGAAUGAGAC